AUGGCGAAAGACUACAAGUACGGCGGUGGAUAUCGGUACGGCUACGCACCUGCUCCAUCUACGCCAAGCAUGGAAAUCACUAUCAAUCAGGUAAUAUAAAAAUUUAAGAGGGUGAGAAACUCUUGUUUUUGCCUUAGAAUUUUCAAAAAGCUAAUCAUUUUUUGAAAUUAAUAUCAAGUAAAAAAAAACUGUGAUCAAACUUUUUUUGAGAGAUGACAGAAACAAAUAAAGUUUGAAAGGUUGACCUAACUUUCGCCAUGUCUCAUGGUCAGUUAUCGAUAGCUAUAGCUAGGCGAAACCAAAAAAACUAACUUCAAAUUUUUGAAGUUUUCACCAAGUUUUUUUGGCAGAAAUCAGAUUUUGCUGUCUAAACCGUCUCAAAUUCUGUUUUUCGUAAAUGUUUUUUUGUAUGUAUUUAAUCUUACUGACCUUUAAAAAAAUCUAUUUUUUUUUGAUAUUUUUUUCUCUCUUCUACUUCGAGCUCCAAAAUACCUGGAGACUUUUAGACACAAAAAACUGGAUUGGAAGAAAGUGAAAAAAUAUUCAACUUGAACAUUUUUUCGCUUAUUCAUGAGCCUUAAUUUUGGCUACUUCAAACUAGAUUACACAGCUGAAACCUGAACCUCGACGUUUCAAAAAACAAAAAGUAAAGGGUUCGCGUGACUAGAUUCUUCAUCUUUCUUCAGAAAGUCCCAAAUGCAAAAGAAACCUUUGAAGAACGGCUCAAACUCUGGCUCCUACGGAGGUUCCUCCCGUCUUCCUCCAAUCAGACCUCCUCCGACGGCACCUCCUCCGCCACCUCCUGAGUAUUGCGUUCCAGAUCACCCGGCCUUCAAUCCGAUGUGGAUCGACCGUUUUCCGAGGAGGGAGAACCGCGGAAUGUUCCGACUGGCUCUAGUUGAGCUCCUUCUAGCAGGUCAGUAUUACACAUGAAAGGAAUAUUUAGAGUACGAAAUGCGAAAUAAGGAAAUAAGAUAAUUAUUAGGAAAAUUGUUACAGAGCGAAGUCUUAAAAUGUACGGUUUAAGAGUGUUUCGCUCCGAGAAAAAGACGCUUUAAAGCUUGAAUUUUUUUGUGCAGAAUCUACUCAAGUCACCUUUUUGACUUGAAUUUCUGUAAAAUAAAAAAAGUCUUUUUAAUUUUAGAAUGAUCAUCUAGUCCAUAGAUUGAUCCAAAAAUUUCGAAUAAAAAUGAAUUAUUUUGUGAGAAAAAAACGUCUUCAGUUGUGAUUCUCGGCGGCGGAAUCUGGUGCUACCGUGAUACUUCCGACUAUUGUCCCUACUACUCAGCCAUUUGGACGUCAGCCAUCUACGUUAUCAACGCGCUGGUAGCUUUUUAAACUUUUUCUUAAACUUCUUAAACUUUAAACUUCUUGCAAAAUUUCGAGAAUUUCUAAAGGUUGGAAGUGCCGCUGCCAAAAUCGGAACGAUCAAUCUCUACAUGGCGCACUUGACACUCUCAUUGGUGUCCAUAAUGAUGUGCUUUAUCAGCGGCGGGCUCAGCGCACGGUAGAACUCUCAGACUGUUUGCCAUUGUUAACCAAAGAAAUUCAGAAACUGGGCUUUGGUGGGAACUUAUCAUCACCCAAGGAUCGAAAGAGAUGAAGCGUUCUGUCUUUUGGGUCAACACGACACCGGAAGGUAAGGGUCCGCCAUUUUCAAUGCGUUUUGUAAAAAUUAAAACUAUGUCAUUUCAAUGCAAAAAAAGGUCGAGACUAGCUCUAUAGUUGCAGUAAAGGAAAAAAAAAAUCAGUGUAAGAUCUCCUUGACAUAUUUUCAGAUAAAUUCUUUCAUAAUGAAAUAUUUCCAAAAGCUGAGAAUGAGUCCAGGGCUAUAGAUUCUUGGAAAUCUUUUGAAAUUCAUAAACAUUCCAGAGCAUCCUAAAAAGGCACGCCCUUACUUAUUGAGUUAUUUAACAACAAAAAAAAUAGAAUUUUUUUCCUUUUUUUUGCGUUUGUGGAAUGAGCUAUUUCGAAAACUUCGAUUUUCGGUUAUUUACUCGGAAUUAAGUGCUCAAUUUUUACAUGUAUUAGAGUUUCAAGACAGCUUUCUCUUUUCCAAAAAAUAAAAAAUUCUUCGUAUUUGAAACCUCAGAAUUUCCUACAUCUUCUCCCACAUGAACAAGUACGACUUCGCCAACUGUCUGUGGCAGCUGAAAGUCGGCGUGGCUGUCAACUCGGUGCAAUUCGUGAUUGCUGCAAUUGAAAGUUCGCCUCAAUUCUUUUUCCUCAACUCACUCCGGAAAUUUCAGUUCUGCUCAACGCGCUUUCUGCGAUUCUUUGCAUGAAAAAGAACGUGCACGUCGUGCUUCUAAGCUCCAAGAGAAAAAGAGAGAAUUUUAUCAUAUUUUUCGACUUUAAUACCGAGAUGUCGCUUUACUGUGACUGCACACAACUACGGGAACCUCCGCUCUUCGACGGCCAUAAUACUUUCAAAUCUCAGCGCUUCUUAGGAAUUUCGACUUCACUUAUUCCUCAUUUUCAGUUUGCAACUGUUUCUGAUAAAUAA